AUGGUAAAAAUAACGAAUGAUAAUGUUGAUUCGAUAGCUCGUGAUUUUAAUCUACUAAAUUUAAUGGAAAGAAAAGAAAGGUGUAAGAUAAAGUUUGGAUCAUUUGUAUUUGGCUGUUAUGGAGAAUAUGUCUUGACUGAAUCUGCUCUAAGAACACAGAAAAUCCUGAUUGAAUUGGGAUUCUCCAAAAAAGAGAUGGAUAGCUUGAUCAAAGAGUCGAUGAUGACGAAAUUGAGAGAAUUUGAAAGAGAAAAAAGGGAAAAUUGUGAAAUUAAAAUGAGGGAAAAUGAGGAAAAACCUGAGGAAAAAUUAAAUUUUGACAACUAUGAAGAAGCAAAAUUGAAAAGAGGAAUUAAGUGUAAAAAAGAAGUAAAACCAAUUGUUAUUGAAAACAAGGAUUAG